UGCCGCACUAUAUAUACAGCAGCCUACACAAGCAAAUUCUUCAUUAUAUUUUUUCAUUACUUCUUUCUCUCUCUUAAAAAAAAAAUUAAUCUCCUUACUUAAUACUCUUACUUUUUACUUACUUUAUUCUCAAGAUUCUACACUUUCUCUCUCCUCCAAAAUCAAAACCUAGAAAAAAAUAGUGAUGAUGAAUACAAAUACAAAUUCAACAACAACAAUAACGAAGAUGAAUAACAAUAGAGGAGGUGCAGGAGAAAUCGAGACGUUUGCGAUGGCGAAUUGUUUGAUGCUUCUCUCUUCACACAACGCAACAAUGGCUGCUUCCAUCGGAGGAAACGUCGGAAACGAAGAAAACGGUCGUAUGUUUGCGUGUAAGACGUGCGGUCGUAAAUUUUCGUCGUUUCAAGCUCUCGGAGGUCACCGUGCGAGUCAUAAGAAGGUAAAAUCGGCGAAUUCCGGUGAGUUUUCCGAUGAAGCGAAUUUUCCGGCGAAACCUAAAGUUCAUGUGUGCUCAAUUUGUUUCGUUGAGUUUCCGAUCGGUCAAGCUCUCGGCGGUCAUAUGAGGCGACACCGAGGUAUGACAGUUGCUGCGGCUACUGGAGGAUCUGCUGCGAUUAGUAGUGUUACGACUGAAGGUAGUAUUGGAAAUAGUGAUGGUAAUAAUGAUAUUAAUAAUGGUGAGAAGAAGAGGAAAAUCAACGACGACGUCGUUUUGGAGGUUCCGACUGCGGUGAGGAAAUCUAGUAGUAAAAGAGUUUGUAUGGAUGUGGAUUUAAAUUUGAUGUUAUGGAGAAAAGAAGAAAAAGUUGUUGAAGAAGAAGAUAAUAAUGUUGAUCAUGAGGUUGAAGAAGGUGAGAUUGUUGAACAAGGUAAUGAUGAUGAUUUUUUGAAGUUGGAAUUAAGACAGCCGAUUAGAUUUUAAUUGAUUAAUUAGUGUGGUAUAAUUACUCUUAAUUACUUCUUUCGAUUAAUUUCUUGAUUUCUGGUGAUGUACAGAUAAAGAUCAGUAGCUUAAUUAGUUUAUGAGGAGUAUUAUAAUUGAUCGAUUUAAGUUAGUGUAAAAAAAAAUAUGUUGUUGAGAAGUUAGUUUAUGGUUUAUUCGUUGAUUUUAUGUCGUUAUUACAUACUACUAUUACGUAACAGUAUAAGUUAGGGAAUUAUUAGGAAGUAUUAUUUUUUUCUUGGAUAUGAUCAUAUUCAUAUGAUCAGUAGUUUGUAAUUUAGGGCUUAUUCUUUCAUUAUUAUAUGAGAUGUUAUUUUGACGCAUAA